AUGCGUUUCCAACUUCUGUCUCUGCUGCCCCUCGUUGGGCAAGCUCUUGCCAUCCUGCAGCCCAACUACACCACAAGCGCGGGUGUCUCCAUCUACAACCCUGGCGACUUUUUCACCACGACCGGGCCAUGGAGUCUGAUGUCCCAUGCCGGCGAAAGCCUGUAUAUUGCCGGCAUGCGCGGCAUUGAUCCCGCCACCAACGCUCUGGCGUCCGUCGGUCUCCCGCGUGUGCGCCAGGCGUACAAGAACAUGGCUGCACUCGCCAAGAUGGUGGGUGUGGACCUCAAGGACUGCGUCCGGAUCGUCGUCUACACAACCGAUAUGUACAGGUACCGCCCGAUGUGCAACCAGGUGCAGGUCGAGCUCUGGGGCAACAAUCCCAAUACCUACCCGCCCCGGACGAUUAUCGAGGUGGACCGCCUGAACGACGAUGACAUUGUGGAAGUCGAGGGCACGUUCCACGCGCCAGGUCUGGGCAAGGGUAAGGGCAAGUGCUGA